AUGAAGUGUCUUAGCAGGCCGGCUCUCUUUGCCACCGGUAGGCUUUGCGUGCGUUCCACAUUCUCAUCCUCUCUUACCCUUUCUUCCUUCCUUCUUUCCUUCCUAAUUUUCUCUUCUCUCUCUUUUUUUUUUCUUCGCGAUUUUUUCUUCACUUUCUCUUUCUAUAUUUCUCUUUUUUGUUCUCUUAUUUUCUCUUAUCUCGAAGAACACGUCCAAAUUCUCAGUGAUACGGUUCGUUCUUUCUUUUUACUCCUUCCCUUCUGGAAUACGCCCUCUAAUCAUCUAAUCGCGUUUCACUUUUCUUGCUCUCUCUCUCUCUCUCUCUCUCUCUCUCUCUCUCUCUCUCUCUCUCUCUCUCUCCAUGAUAAUUCAGUUUUAUUCCCUUUCUCACUCUUUCUAUUUAUCCUUUUCUUUCUUUUUUCUCUUCUUUCUUUCUUUCUUUCUUUCUCAGACUCUUUCUUUUUUCUCCUCUUUCUUUCUUUCUUUCUCAGACUCUUUCUAUUUAUCCUUUUCUUUCUUUUUUCUCUUCUUUCUUUCUUUCUUUCUUUCUUUCUUACUCAAUAUUCCUAUUUUUCUUUUUCUUUCCUUCUCAUUUCUAUUCCUAUUAUCUAUCUUUUUUCUUUCUGUUUUCUUUCUUUCUUUCUUUAUUUCUUUCUUAGUCUAUUCCUAUUUGUCGAUAUUUUUCUUCCUUUCUUUCUUUCUUUUGCAAUCUGUUCCUAUUUACUUUUCUAUCUUUUCCUUUCUUUCUUUUUUUCUCGGUCUAUUCCCAUUUAUCUAUCUUUUUCUUUCUUUCUCGCUCUCUUCCUCUAUAUCCAUCUCUCUAGUAUUUUUUUCUUUUGUUCUAUCUUCCUCAAUCUAUUCCUAUUUAUCUAUCUUUCUAUUUUUCUUUCUUUCUUUAUCAUAAAGUGUUCCUUACCCCCACCCCGGCCAACACUCUCCCUCCUCGAUCUACCUUUCUUUACUUCUAUCUCAGCACUAGAAGAUGCAGUCCAGAAUACAUACGUUGUCUGUCGUUUCCGCUUUUUGCUCUUUUUUUCUUUCCUACACAAACUCAUCUCUCUUUCCUUGCUCUCUCUUUCUCUCUCCCCCCCUCUCUCUCUCUCUUCCCUUCUCUUUCUCGAAGUGUAUCUUUACUGUUUUUCUCUUAAUUUCUCUUUUUUAUUUUCUCACUCACUCACACGUUUCAUGUUUUACAGACGAGAAGCGUAA